AUGGAUGCAAAGACCAGCAACGUGCUGUUCAUCCCCUUCCGACGCAGCACCAGCCUUUCGCUGUCCACAACUAUUCGACAAUACAUUAACGCCAAAUAUGACCAGCACCCUGAUAUGUUCCGACAUGACCUUGAGGCCAUCGAUAAUUUACGACGAGAUGCAGUAAAUGUCCGCGAAGCCCACUCCUCGGGCAUCGCGAAGCUUCAGGCUUAUGCUGCACAGCUAGCUUGGAUCGGCGGCAAGUUUCCGCUUGACAUUGGUGCUGAAUUCACCUGGUAUCCCGCCCUAGGAUACAAUACGGAACGCCCCAUGGUCCGCAACAACCUCAAGUACGAACAAAUGAAUAUUCUAUACAACCUUGCCGCACUGUAUUCUCAGCUUGCUAUCCACACUCCUCGUGGCAAUACUGAUGGCCUCAAGACAGCAGCCAACUAUUUUUCGCAAGCAGCCGGCGUUUUGACUCAUAUGGAGAAAGAAAUCCUACCAGAGCUUCGAAUGUCUGAUCCACCAGAGGACAUGGACCAGCAUACACUACAGUCGCUGACACAACUCUUUUUGGCUCAGUCUCAGGAAUGCUUUUGGCAAAAAGCAGUUAUGGAUCGGUUUAAGGAUGCAUCAAUUGCAAAGCUGGCCGCACGCGUGUCUGAUCUCUACUCUGAUGCGGGCGAGGCGGCCGUCAAGAGCGAAGCAAUCAGCAGCGCAUGGAUCCAUCAUAUGACGGCCAAGCACCAUCACUUUGCUGCUGCCGCGCAAUACAGAGCGGCUUGUGACUGUUUGGAAAAGCGGAAAUACGGCGAGGAAGUCGCCCGUCUUCGAGAUGCUGUUGCUUGCGUAACUGAAGGUAUCAAAGAAACAAAGGGUGGGCUUCUCAACCAAACCGUUGUUGAAGACUUGCAAGGGUUAAAAAAACGGGUUGAGGAAGACCUUAAGCGAGCUGAAAAGGACAACGACAUUAUUUAUUUGCAGGCUGUCCCUCCGAAAUCCGAACUCAAGAUUCUCGACAGAGCAAACAUGGCCGUCGCUAGGACUCCAAAACAAGUAUCCGAUCCUUACGAAUUUCUUGGUGACAAGGCUGAGUUUGGCGCGGGCCUCUUUGCCACAUUAGUUCCAUUCUCAGUACAUGUGGCCAUUUCGAUUUACGAAGAGCGACGAGACCGUCUGGUCAACCAAAAUAUUAUUCAGGAACUCGAAAAUUUGACAGAGAAGCUACAUACGAUGCUAACAUCUUUUGGCUUACCCGGUUCUCUUCAAGCACUUGAAAAGCCUCUUGGUCUGCCACCGAGCCUCGUCCAACAUGCUGAGGAAAUAAGGCAAGCGGAUGCAGUCAACCGCAUCAGAAAAACCUUUAUCGAUGUCGAAAAGCUCAGAGCUGCAGAUUUGGCAGUCUUUGAAGAAGGAAAGACUGCACUCAUUGGGGAAUUAGAAGAAGACCACCAGCUUCGACUCAGAUAUGGCACGGACAGAUGGAGUCGUGCAGAUGGUAAGAGUGAUCCCCGAGGCGCAAAGCUUUGGAAGCACGCAGAGGAGAUUGAAGGGUACUUUGAGAGCAGUCUCAGCAGCGAUGGUGUAGUAAGGGACAAAUUUGCAGCAAACGAGCAGCUUCUACAGAUCCUCUCGGGCACUGAUAGAGGCAUUAUGGACUAUGUACCCUCCAGUGGCCGCAUUGAUAUGCCUGAAGCGCUCAAGGCAGCGGUUGGAAGACUACGAAGCACGUUUAACGAUGUGCAGCGGUUGGAGAGCAAGCGUCGAAGAAAGGUAGAAACAUUACGAGACAAUGCCCGCCGCGACGACAUCAAGCCGGAUAUUCUAAAAGAGGCAGCUCGCCUGGAACGCACAUAUCCCACAACAGCUCUUGUACCAGCACACUUUGAGGAUUUGUUCGACAAGAGACUGGACAAGAUCUACGAACCAGAAGUAGAGGCUAUUAGUAAAGAUGCCCAUGAUCAGGAUCAGCUUAUGACGCAGCUGGAGCGAACCAAUCGAGAGUUUGAGGCUCAGAAGCGCCACUUGGAAAACAAGGGACAUCGGGAGCGAGAACAAGCACUACAGCGUCUGGAAGGAGCGUACUUUAAGUACAAGGAAAUUGUGAGCAACGUCGAAGUUGGCCGCAAGUUUUACAAUGAUUUGAGCAAGAUUGUUGGCCAGGGCUUCCGGGAUGUCGUCCGUGGAUGGGUAGCGCAGCGACGUCUAGAUGCGCGAGUCUUUGAAGAAGAACUCAACAUGCCGCCACUUUCCAACCUCAAUAUUUCACGAAAUCAGACACCAGUCCACGCAGCACCUCCAGCAGGAUAUGCCCCUCAGCAAGGCUACUAUGGAGGUGGCGGUGCGAUGCAGACCCCUCCUCCAAUCGCACCGAUUCAGUCUUGGGGUGGCCAAGGCGUCCCUGCUGGAGAAAGUGUUCAGCAGCCGCAGCCAAUGGCACCGCCCGCGAAUCCGAUGGGAGGCAUGUGGAAUCCAGCCAUUGGUAUCAAAUUUGGCGGAGGAGCAGGAGGCCCAUCUGCCGCGGGUAGCCAAGGACAGCCAUCUAACCAAAGCUCCGACACGACGUGGAACCCCGGGUCGGGUAUCAAGUUUGGUUAG